GACAUCACCUGGUUCGAUGAGGAUGAUCUCCUUGGCACGGAAAUGUCCUUCCCAUCGGGUUCAGCAUGGAGGUUGGAAAGCGAAAUCUACGAACAUAUUUAUUAUGAGGAACAGUCUGAAUGUGAGGCUUUGGGGAUUCAUUCCGAGGCCCGUGGGGUGUUCUCUUGCUCCAAGGUGUCGUGGAGUGGGCCACCCACUGCAGUCAUCAAAAUUCGUCAGCAGAUUCCGUGGUGGAAAACCGCGACGAAGACGCCCGAAAUUCGUGACAAGCAAGCUUCUUCGGAGAUUCCUAGGGCCUUCAGUUCGGAGAUCGAGGCCUUGUCCCAUCUGAUGAAGGCUGGCUGCUCCAGUACCCCUUUCUUGCUGUCCUGGAAGAAAGACCAACAGACAAUUGAUGAAUGGGUCCCGGGAGGGUACAAGCUGAGUAUUCUGAUGGAGAAGCUACCGGGAUCUAAUCCGGGGGACUCGCUUUUUUCAGGUCAAAUGCCUCGCGAUGAGCGAGACGAGGCCUUCAAAGCAGCAUGGCUAGAGACAGUCCGUUGUGGGGUUAUCCAUGGUGAUGGAUCGAUAAAUAACCUUCUCUGGGACAGGGAAAGUGAAAGAUACUACUUGGUUGAUUGGGAGUAUUGGCGCUUCUCCAAGGAAACAACUCGCUGGGAAGAUCGCCUCUACGUUCGUUGGAAUCUGGCACAUGAUGGACCGUCACACAUCCUUUUCGAUAUGCCUGGCUGGCGGCUCUAA